GCAGCUGUGGUGCAUUAUUUCACAGAGAACCCCCGCAAGCGGGCCAGCCGGGCCACGACUGGGAACCAUGCGCUGACUGACGAGAGUGCGUGGGAUCUACCCAUUUUGAUGUGUCGUGAGUUGUCCUUGUUCGGAAUAUGAAACCAGCUGAUGUACCGCUUUUCUCCCAACUUUCGGGUUACAAUAGAGCCUAUGGCCGACAGAUCUCACACACUCCAUAAUAGAACCAAAUUCAGGUUGGUUCAAGACGGCAUUCUCUCCAGCAAAAACAAUGGCAGACCCUUCUUCUACACGCCUACGCCAAAUGCUCGCGGACCCUGAAAAGAUCGUUGUGUGCCCGGGAGUCUACGACGGCAUCAGUGCACGUCUGGCACUGAAUGCAGGCUUCGACGCUCUCUACAUGACUGGUGCAGGCACGAGCAUGUCGCGUCUCGGCAUGGCCGACUUGGGCCUGGCCACGAUGACCGAGAUGAAAAACAACGCGGAGAUGAUCUCCAACCUCGACCGGUCCGUGCCUGUCAUCGCAGACGCAGACACCGGGUACGGAGCGCCCAUCAACGUGGGCAGGACGGUCGCAGCAUACAUUGCGGCCGGGGUCGCGGCCUUCCAUCUGGAAGACCAAGUCGUCAACAAAAAAUGUGGGCAUCUAGCCGGCAAGCAAUUGGUGUCAAAGGAUGAGUAUCUGACUCGCAUCCGGGCCGCGGUUGAGAUGAGGAGACGGCUCCAGUCGGACAUCAUCAUCAUCGCACGGACCGACGCACUCCAGUCGCUGGGCCUGGAGGAAGCUCUCGUCAGACUCCAAGCUGCGGUCGACGCAGGCGCAGACGUCGCGUUCCUCGAGGCAAUCUCUACGCGGGAACAGGCCGAGGCCGUGUGCCGAGCCUUCAAGGACAGCAGCGUGCCCGUCAUGUACGGGAUGGUGCAAGGAAGCAAGGCGUACAAAAUGACCCCGACUGAAGCAAAGAACAUGGGCUUCAAGAUUAUCGUGUACGCUGCUGUCUGUCUGGCUCCGACGUUUUUGUCGGUUUCCAAGGCGUUGGAAACAUUGAAAGAGGAUGGGGAUUGUGAGAAAUACGGUCCUGAAGCAAAUCCACAUCGCCUUUUCGACGCUUGUGGCAUGCAGGAACUGCUCGAGUUUGACCGGGUCUCAGCGGGUUUGCUGAACUAGCUUAUAGCCCGUUUGUUUCGAGGAGUUGGGCCCUUUAUCAGUGGGAUCACUCAUUAAGAAGCAGUCUUUUGAUUUUGUAUUGAUAACCUAGAUCCCUUUACACAAACAAUUGCUGUUGAGAUACGACCACAUACUUUGUAGAGACUAAUUUGGGUCGUGGAAGAGUGACGUGUCUUGACAAGAUAUAUCCUUGAUACUUCGCCUGAAUGCCGGUAGAGUCUUU